AUGAUCUGGAAGGAACCUUUGGUUAUCAACGGCACUGUUUGGCCACAUCUUGAAAAAAUUCCGUCCGUGGUCACGGUGGAGACGCGGUUCGAAGGAGCACGAUUGAGUCUGGUUGAUUCGAUAGCAGCGCUCAAACGGUUGCACGACGAAUAUCCACUGUACUUUCGAUUCAUGAUGGAGAAUCCGAUUGAGUACGAACAUGCAUUCUUCAAAGCGUCUCACCAUCUGGCCAAUGUCGACAAAAAUGAAAUCGUUUCGGCAGUGUUCAACAAUGAUUUUCGCUCCAGCCAGAUGACCACCGAAAAUUUGGAUCUCUUCUAUCGCAGUUUGAAGGCUUUCUAUAAUAUCUGCUGUGAGAUGCAGCAGGAAAUCUAUAUCAAUUCCAAUGAACUGCUUGUCGUCGACAAUUCCCAGUUGCUCAUUGGCGCUCCAGCCCAGUGGGGACGAGAGAUGCGAGUUCGUAUCUUUGCUUGA